AUGUUUUCACCCAACGUUGGGCAUCGGAUCACUCCUAAAAAGAGAUAUGAGCUUAGCAGUGAUACCGAAGAAGUGCAAUAG